AAGCAUUCUAUAGUCACUACCGGCCACUUAAGUUAAUUGACAUAAACGAUUAAAUGCCCGUCUUGAGUAGCGAUAAAAAUAUGGAUAUUUUUAUAAGUGAGGAGGAUGUGUCCGUGGCACAGGUGGGCAUUUAUGCUUCCAUAUCCUUUCUGGUCGUGACUGUCGCAGGUGCGCUUUUCUACGUUUCGUGUUCGAAAAAAUAUCGCCUAAACUGGUUUGAGAAAAAUCUACUUGAAUCAGCUGCGGAAACUCAGGACCCGGAAAAGUGCACCGACCAGCUAGUUGCCGGCGCUGCUAGCUUUAAUUCGGACAAUGUUAGUGAGUGUUCGCGUUCCCGUUCAAUUUACAAAGGUAAUAUGAGUCCCACAUCCAUUAACACCGAUGAUCCCAGCUUCUGGGUACCACCGCCACGCAAGACUGUGCAACAACAGGUUUCCACAUCCGCUGAAGAGUCCCCACCGCCAUCACCUACCUCUCCAACUGGUAGUCUCAAAUCGAAUACUCUCUCAAUGUCUUCGACAAGUUCGGUCCCCAUUACACGCUCCGACAAGCAUGUAGUUUUGGGUAUGAAUCCCAGCAGACCGAAGGUGUCCUCGAUGAGCGCAAAAUUGGACCAUACAAAAAUUGAUAUGUCGCUUUAUAGAAAUAACUCCCAGCAGAAGACCUCACCCCAAGGCAGUGAUGAUAUUCGUGGCAAUAUUCAUUUGAGUGUUAUCUACGAUCCCAUAGCCGGAAUGCUGUCUGUGCAUUUGAUAGAGGCACACAAUUUGCAACCACGUGACUUUAGCGGCACAGCUGAUCCAUAUGCUAAAGUGCGCCUAUUACCGGAGAAGAAGAAUUUCUGGCAAACACGCAUACAUAAAAGAACCCUUAACCCAAUUUUUGACGAAGACUUUGUUUUUGAGGAAAACACGAAUGUUAUUGACAAGCGUACAAUUGAAAUUCUACUCUACGAUUUUGAUGCGUACUCUCGUCAUGUUUGUAUUGGUGGCGCUCAAAUACCUCUCAGCAACAUUGAUUUAACGGAGAAAGUUGAGUUGUGGACUCCAUUAGGACCUUGCGCUGAACAA